AGACCUGCUGUUCCACCCUAUUAAUUCAGAAACCAAGGGAGAGAAAGGAAAGAGACGACGGCAGUGAAAGAUACAGCGGCAUGGCUGAGCCUGCAAGUUCUAGAGCACUCACAGCCGCCCUCCUCCUCCUCCUCCUCCUGCUUCUUCCUCCACUCCCCCAAAACGUCGCCGUUUCACAAUCGAUCAUCAAGACUCUCCCUGGCUUUCCCGGCGACCUCCCUUUCAAACUAGAAACUGGCUACGUGGGGAUUGGAGAGGUGGAGGAUGUGCAGCUAUUCUACUACUUCAUCGAGUCAGAGAGCGAUCCAAAGGUUGACCCCCUCUUUCUUUGGCUUACGGGUGGACCUGGCUGUUCUGGCUUUUCUGGGCUUGUGUAUGAAAUUGGUCCAUUAACUUUCAACUAUGCUAAUUUCAGUGGGAAACACCCCACAUUUGAGCUAAAUCCAUUCUCAUGGACAAAGGUUGCCAGCAUAAUAUUUGUAGAUGCACCUGUUGGCACCGGAUUUUCAUAUUCAAAAACUACUCAAGGAUACAAUACUGGUGAUUCACUCUCAGUCAAGCAAACCUAUGAGUUUCUAAGGAAGUGGCUCAUUAAUCAUUCCAAUUUUCUUUGGAACCCACUCUAUAUCGCUGGUGAUUCAUACUCAGGCUUACUUGUUCCCAUAAUUGUUCAAGAAGUCCACAAUGGUAACGAGGUUGGACUAUUACCGCAUAUGAAUCUCAAGGGUUAUGUGCUUGGCAACCCAUUGACCGAUGAAUAUAAUGACCUCAAUGCAAGAGUUCCAUAUGCACAUAGAAUGGCCCUUAUAUCUGAUGAACUCUACAAGGCAGUUAAGAGCGACUGCAACGGACACUAUGAAAAUGCAGACCCAACCAAUGCUCCAUGCAUAGCCGAUCUCCAAGCUGUGACAAGGUGUAUGGAUUCAGUAUAUCUUAGUCAAAUAUUGGAACCUUCAUGUAGCUCUUGGAUCAGCCCAAGACCUAGUUUUUUUCAAUGGGAUAAAAAUGUGAAGGAAAAUAUCAGAGACUUCAUGGACUUGCCUUCACAACGUCCUAAGCAGUGGUGCCGGGAAUAUAAUUAUGUGUUCAGCUACGUUUGGGCUAAUGAUAAAACAGUCCAAAAUGCGCUUCACGUUCGAGAGGGAACCAUAAGGGAAUGGGUGAGAUGCAAUUGGACUUUGUCUUACACAGAUGAGGUCGAAAACUCUGUUGGCUAUCAUCGAAAUAUUAGCAGAGAGGCUUAUCGUGGGCUAGUUUACAGGGAAGAGGGACAGCACUGGGUACUUACAGAGGCAGUGCGUGGCCGGAGGUGGGGCUGGCCGGAGAAUGGGCUGUGCUCGGCCGUUGGUUCUGGUUGAUGGUGUCUCAGGUCUGCUGGAACUGAAGGGUGGCUGUGGCUGUGCUCGGUUGUGGUUGCAGUGGCUGUUGGAUGUGGCCGAGGGGGGGGCUGGCUGGAGAAGCUGGACUGUUGUGAAGAUGGCUGCGGCGGUGGCUUCCGGAGACAACUGCUGUGGUGGCUUCCUGCCGGGUGCUAGAGACAGAUGGAGAGGGGGAGUUGUCUGCGGGUCCCUGCUGCUGCCUGCUGGAGAUGGCUGCUACGGUGGCUUCCGGAGACGACUGCUGUGGUGGCACUGCUAGUGAUGACGACGGCAAGAGUGAGGGUGCAAUGCCGGCGGGGAGACUCGUGGGUGACUGAGUUAAAGAUGGGUUCUUGGCGGCUAUGGAAGAAGAAGAAGCAGGAGAAAACCCUUUUUUUUUUUUUUUUGCUCG